AUGAGUCUUUAUUUGCUGGAUAUAGAAUGUAAUGGUGAUACAGUUUAUAACCAUGAUAGAGUAAAUAAAAAUUUCUCAUUCACCCAAAAACUGUCAUCUCCAAGACAUUUAAGUUCUGAACAAUUCAAGUGCCAGUUCUGUCCUUUUAAAACUAAUCAAGCAUCCAGUCUGAAAAAUCAUGUUUUAGUUCAUACUCAACAAAUGAUGUUUAUUUGUCAAGUCUGUCAAAAACCAUUUAGCCAAAAGGGUAAUCUUAAAGUUCACAUGAGACUUCACACUGGCAAAAAGCCUUUUAAAUGUGAAAUAUGUCAUAAAUCCACGAAGUUCAACCUUAAAGUACACCUGCGAACUCAUACUGGUGAAAGACCAUUUAAAUGUGAAAUUUGUUCUCGCUAUUUCACCACUCGUUCUAACUGGAAAGUCCAUUUCAGGAGGUGGCAUUUCAGUUCUUCAUAAAACUCCCAACUUCUUCUAUCUUCUGCUUAAUGUAUAGGUUUUUGUGUUCUUACUUUGUGCCAGUUACUUGGAUAUCUCCUUUUAAAGAAAUGUAAUUCAUCUGAGAUGUUUUUUGUCUUGAUAGUGUGUUAUAUAAACUAAGAUGAUUAUAUACAGUCAAAAGUUGUUAAUCCUGACACCCAUAAUACGGACCUCAAAGCUACAAACUUUCUGCACAUGCGUCAACACAUAAUGCGUUCACACAUGCAUGUAUUACCUUUACGCAUGCGUGUGCGCAUGUGCAUAAUGCGUUUAUGCAUGCACGUUUGAUGUAUAACGGACGGUAUAAGCUAAGCUAAAAUUAUCUAAUUCAGUUAAUGUUGCAGAUUGCGUUGUUCC